GGCAGUGUCAACAAGAAGGAGGACAUGCCUACCGAUACGAAGCGUGUUCCAGGUCCUGAAGUUGCGCAACCAUAUCAGUGGUUUUACGGCGAAAAAGAAAAACCAGUUACUGUAGGUUUACUAAAUUUGGUAUGUAAUGUUAACAAGUACAAUAGGGAAGAUGGCAGAAUGUUUGAUGAGCUCAGACCAGUUUUUUUGAAAGCCGGCAUUGUGAGCCAAUCAAAGGGUUCGGCCUAUAUGGAGGUAAAAAACACCAAGGUGAUUUGUGCAGUGUACGGACCACACGAGGUAGACCGCAGGGAGGAUUUCCAGAUGAAUGGACAGUUGAGGUGCGAGUUCAAAUUUGCAACAUUUGCUUGCCGUGCCCGCCGUCAACAUCAAAGCGAUGCUCAGGAGAAAGAAUUCUCAGUUAUCGUUCAAAAAGCGCUUGAGUCUGCAGUUUGCCUUAGUAAAUUUCCAAAAGCCCAGUUAGAUAUAUUUGUCACAGUAUUGGAAGAUGGAGGAAGCUGUCUGGCUGCUGCUUUAACUUGUGCUUCUGCGGCAGUGGCUGAUGCUGGUAUUGACAUGUAUGACGUGGCAAUAGGCUGUACUGUGAAACAAAUUGGAGAACGGUGUUUAAUUGACCCAACUUUUGACGAGGAGCAGUCUGUAUUGUCUAAAGAAAACAAGGAGGCUGGCAGUGGAAGAACAACUAUCUGUCUACUGCCCUCAAUCAACCAAAUAUCAGCAUUUUUGCAAGAAGGAGAACUUGAUGUCGAAGCAUCAGUACAGGGUAUGCAGAGUUGCAUUGAAGGAUGUCAAAGGUUAUAUCCUGUUGUUCAUCACUGCCUGAUCGAGGCUGUCAAAAAGAAGUUUUUGGCUGGUUCAAAGGAGGUUACGUGAGGUUCGGAGGACGCCUUUUGUGCUCUUCUAAUACCAUUGCAACAUUUUUUCUCAUAAUAAGAGAAGGUUAGAAGUGAAUAAAUCGAUUCCAUGGCUGCAGACAUGUGACAGUCAAUGAUCAGUAAUAUUUGGAUAUAAACAUUAAGAUGACACUGUGAUGUUUACUUGCAACUGUUGUUCAUUUCAUCAGAGUUACUGUUUUUAUUCAUUUUAACUCCAAAUCGCUUGGUAAUGUUCCAAAAUUCACCUCACUAACUUUGGGUGACUAGGGUCCGUUCGAGUGAAAAAAUAUAAAUAUAGCGAUUUACCAGUUAAUUCACCGGUACAUACUUUCUAAAACCGCCUAAUUACCUCAUCAUCUGGAUUAUUCGCAACAAUUUUGACCACCAAAUUGCUGGGUAGAUUACCGUGUAUGGGAUGACCAUUGAGCCAGAGGUGAGGAUAAAUCAACCUUAAUUGUUUUUCCAAUGUUUUGUCCACGGUCCAGCACCCAAAUUCAAUAGGGUUACAGCCCAGACGCGCUUUCCUUUGCCACACCUCGGAAUACGGUUGGCAUUUUUCGCUCGAACGGCCCUACUUCAGAAUUCAGCGCAAAAUGAUGAAACAUCAAGGUCAAGAUUCCAAGGUCUACUGAUCUACCAUUCAAACAAAAAAAGAAACUUGGCAAGCUCUGAUCAUGAAAAUUUCCUCCUUAUGAUAUACAAUAAUUUUACUUAAUUUUGAAUAACCUGUGCAUUUUCUAGAUCAAUGAAGCAAUUUUACUAGAGAUUUUUUUUUUUCUCCAGGGCCAACUUUGCAGCCCUCCAAAGUGAUAAAACUGCCAUAAUUCUGAUACCAUAUAGUGGAUAUAUAGGACACAAGUCAUGGCCUACAGAUCUACCAACAUACCAAAACUUGGUAAAAAGUUCUGAUCAUGAAAAUUACUUCCAUGUUCUUAUGAUAUACAAUAAUUUCACAUCAUUAUCUGUACUAUUAGUGACAACAUUUUGUAUAAACUGUGUAUUCGGUACAAUGAAGCUACUUUACAAAAGAAUCUUUAACAUUUUUUUUCUCCUGAGCGACUUCGUGGCUCUCUAAAAAUUUCCCAUAGUCUUAAGUGAUAAAAUCUGCCAUAAUUCUGAUAUACCAUAUUUACUUGAAAAGAACGCCUUGGAUUGUUUAUUGUUGAGAAUGGUUUUUGAUGGAGGUGUUUAUUUUUUACAUGUAUAUUUUAAAUACUCAAAUAAACACCCUUAAUUUCACUGUAAAUGUCGAGCUACAAUACAUAAUUACUGUCAAAAUGUGUUAUUGUUUGGUCAUAAAGAUCCCAGCCAGGGUAGAAAAAAUGUAAUUCUACUGUAGUAGAACAUUAAUAGAAUGUGUUGAGAAUGAUGUACUUCCAUUAGAUUUGUUUACAGUCAGUGGGGUGGGAGGGGCAUUUAUUUGAGGAAAAACAAAUGCCUCGGGGCAUUUGAGGGUGGUGUUUAUUCCAAAUGAGACUCUAGAAGGAGUAUUUAAUCUAGGGGGCAUUUAAUUGAAUUAGUACUAUAUAUAUAUAUAUGUAUUUAUACAUAUAUAUAUAUGUAUUUAUAUAUAUAUAUAUGGUAUAUAUAUAUAUAUAUAUAUAUAUAUUUAUUUAUUUAUUGACUUGGCAUUGUAAUGGUUGAAGAUACUGUUCCACUCUUGGCAGUUUAUUGAUUUUUCCAUUGUGGGAUUUCAUAUGAUAUUGACUAUAACACAAACUUCUUGCACAGUGUUUAAAUUUAACUACUGAAUAAUCAUCUGUCUUUUAUAGAAUAAAUAAUAUGGAGUUGAA